CAACGUGCAAGCAGCUACAGUGACUUUCCGACCCAUAUUGCGAUCCUCUUUUAUUUCACUUAACUUUCGUAAUCUAUGGAUUAUAAAAAUAUAAAAGGGGAAAACAAAAAAAAAAAAAAAGAAAAAAGAAAAAAAAAACAAGGGAAAAGAAAAAACAAAACGAAAGUUUAACAACAUUGUAAUUCACGUUCGUCUCUGUAUUACUUUUAUUAUGAUUGACAAAAAAUAUAAUUUUACGAAUUCUCCAAUAGGAGACAAUUGAUGUAGAGUACCUGACAAUAUUUCACAUGUAUAUGUAUAUAUAUACAUAUAGGUAUAUAACAAUUGCAGACUUGUCAAUCAGAAUAUAUGAUCGAUAUAGCAAGGUAAAGAAAAUUGUUCGAUGGAAUGAACCCCUGUACACUCUGUUAGCAUGUUUGGCGGUCUCUGAUUGAUCAAUAACUUUCAGAACCCGGCACCGCGAGGUAGACGGACAAAUAGGCAGAUACAUUUAUGUGCACACUACACACUAACACUUAGAAAAAUCUCCAGAAACAUAUAUACACUAAUACUAACUAAUCGGAGUAAUAGUAUGAAAAGUUAGACAUAUCUUAUAGCUCAUCAUCAAUCAGUACUAUAUGACUAUAAACUAUAGGGGGUGCACAUGCAGUGAACUUGAUUAAUUUUGACAAAUGAAUUAUUUGUAUUAUCCUUCUUUUUUUUUUCUUCUUCUUCUUCUUCUUCUUCUCUUUCUUAUGCUUUUUUUUUCAUCAAUACUAAUUGUACAUAUUAUUGUAAUAAUGAAAUAAUAUAUCGGAUAUAAUGAAAUAAUGGAAGAUCGUGAUCUAUAUAGAUAUAUAACGAUCAUGAUCGAGUAGAAAUGGUCGAUGAGAUUUGAAAUUUUCGUUAUCUAUUUUUUAUCGAAUAUUGAGAAAAAAAAAAAAAAGAAAAGAAAAAAAGGAGAAAGAAAAAAAGUGUGUAUGAAAAGAAUUUGGAAUUAACUUAGAAUAAGCUUAGAAUAGAUAUACGAAAGUACGGCAAAUAAUCAGAAUGCCAGUGACUCCGCCCCCAAUACACGACGACCGUUGUCAGGCAAUACCUAACUAUACUCUACAAAUCUCUCCUCAUCGGCUCGUGGCUUUCUUCUCAGUCGGCCAAGCUUAUUCUACCGAAGAAUGAUAACAUUCUAACAACUUCUAACAUCGACUAUAUCCGCAAGAGAGAUUGUUCUCAAAUGGCAAGUAAUCAUUUGUGUUUUUUCUUUUUUUUCUUUCUUUUUUUUUUUUUUUUUGUUUCUUUUUCUUUAAAUUCUACCAAUACGAAUUGCUUGACCAUUGAAUUAUAUCAAAUGGCAAGUAAAUUUGAGAAAAUUCGUUUAAUUAUUAUUUAUUUUCUCCACUUUCUACCUCCCUCCCCUCCCACCGCCUUGAAAUUGUUAAUAACAUUGUAAAUAUUACGAUGAAUUUAUCGAACGUUAAAAGAGCUUUUUUUUGUUCUUUUUUUUUUUUUUUUUUUUUUUUUUUUUAAAUUUAAUCAGAGCUAGUUGUCCCUUCCUUCAAACUGUAUCAUUUAAAAAAUUAUUAAUCAAAUUUUUUUACGAGAAAUUAAUGAUCAAAUGAUAGGAGAGUUAAUUUAACAAAAAAAUGUACUCAUAACUUUCGUCUUGUUCUUUUAUUUAAUAUCACUCAUAACAAACAAUCAUUAAUGUUAUGAGAAAUUAUCAAAUUAUCAAAUGUUAAGUUAAAAAAAAAAAAAAAAGAAAGAAAGAAAAAGUAAAAAAAAAAAUAAAGAAGAAAUUAAUUAAUUGAAUAAAAUUAAUUAUUAAUAAUAUUUGAAAUAUAUUUUUUUCCUUUCGUAAUUUUUUUCAGCGCGACGCCAACAAGUGUCGUCCUUGGAAAUUGUAAUCAUUUAAAAGAAAAUUAAAAGAGAAUUCGUCUUCAAAGUAAUGAAAUGAUCAGCUUGUCUUUAAAAAAAAAAUGUCAAGUUCGAUGAAAUAUCAAAAUGAUCGUGAGAUCAUUGAGGACGAUGGAACGGAAAUUAAUGGAAAGAAGAACGAUGAUUAUAAUGACGACGAGAGAUAACAAAAAAUGACAGAUCUAUUAUCGUCCAGUAAAGUACGUGAACUUCAAGCUAUGUUGUUCCCAAUUCGAUCAAUCUCUGGUACGGCAUUGACGAGUUUGCAAACACCGCAGGAAUCACAAAUUUUGGAACGUUGUAGAAUUUUAAACGACGGCAUCGAAACGAAUUUAUUUUCAAGAUCCUUGGAACCGGGGAAACAACGAAACACGAAGGAAACACUUAGAACAUUGAGCUCGCAAUGUAUCGCGGACAAUAUCAUUCAAGAAAUGGCACGUUGGCCAACGGAGUGUCAAGUAAUCCAAGGGAGGAUUCGUCAUAUAGAUUAUAAUCCGAUUAAUCCAGAACCAUUUUAUUUAUCUAACGGUAAGGAACCCACGCCAAAACCAAUUGACGAUGAGUUAGGUACCGUUAUAUUUCGUUACUGCCCAACUAGUGUUACAAAUUACUUUAAUAGAUCAUGCGUUGGUGGAAAUCCAAUUCUAUCGUCUUCCAACAAAACUUUCAAGGAUACGAACGAAUACACGUUAAAUUCUACGAAGGACGAAAAGAACAUUACCGACAUGUUCUUCAUUGCCGAUACCAAUAGCGAUCUAAAAUUCGAGUCACGAUUCGAAUCUGGAAAUCUUGGAAAGGUCGUUAAAAUUACCGAUACGUAUUAUCAAUUGCAUUUGAGAAGGGAUUUAUACACUCAAAGACACACCCAAUGGUAUUAUUUUCAAAUAUCUAAUACCAGAAGUAGAAUCACUUAUAGAUUAUCGAUCGUAAAUAUGUGUAAGGAGGAGAGUUUAUAUAAUGAAGGACUUAGGCCACUUUUGUACUCGACCGAAGAUGCACGAACUAAAUCUAUAGGUUGGAGAAGAUGUGGGGAAAAUAUUAGUUAUUACAAGAAUGGCGAAUCAGACGAGGAAAAGGAGAAGCAUACAUUAACGUUUAACAUAUCCUUCCCACACGAUCAUGACACAGUUUAUUUGGCACACUGUUACCCAUACACGUAUACGGAUUUGCAGGAAUAUCUGACAAAAAUUGUCAGCGAUCCGAUAAAAACAAGAUUUACGAAGCUACGAUUGUUGUGCCGUACAUUGGCUGGGAAUGGUGUUUAUUAUUUAACAAUUACAGCGCCGCAUACGUACGACGAGGAUGUAAGAAAAAAACGUGGAGUUGUAAUAACGGCCAGAGUCCAUCCUGGCGAGACACCGUCCAGUUGGACAAUGAAGGGCAUCAUCGAUUUUCUUACCGGCGAAUCUAAUCGUGCCAAGGAGUUGCGAGAACGAUUCGUAUUCAAGCUAAUACCAAUGUUAAAUCCGGACGGCGUUAUAGUUGGUAAUAACAGAUGUUCCCUAUCCGGUAAAGAUUUGAACAGACAAUAUAGAACGGUAAUGCGUGAAAGUUAUCCAUCAGUUUGGCAUACAAAAUUGAUGAUACGAAGACUCCUCGAGGAAUGUGGAGUAACUAUAUAUUGCGACCUUCACGCACAUUCUAGGAAACAUAAUAUAUUUGCUUAUGGAUGUGAGAACAAAAGAACUGGAUGUACCAAUGCAAGACUCUCGGAACAAAUAUUCCCUUUGAUGUUACAUAAAAAUGCCGCUGAUAAGUUUUCCUUCGAAAAUUGUAAAUUUCAUGUGGAAAAGGGAAAGGAAGGUACAGGUAGGGUCGUAGCUUGGUCAAUGGGUGUACAAAACAGUUAUACGAUGGAAGCUUCAAUGGGUGGCUCGAGAUUAGGAUCUAGAACUGGUACACACUUUUCUACACAUGAUUACGAACAAAUCGGUAAAGCCUUUUGCGAGACGCUUCUUGAUUUUUCUGAUCAAGAUCCGGCCAAGGAAAAAUUACGAACGAAAAUUUUAAUGAGAUUGAUCAAAGAAGGAUCCAAUGCCGAAGAACCUAUUAAUAUCGAUUUAACCGAUUACUCAAGCGACGAAGGUGACAACUCGGAAAGUCAUGCAUCGGACGAAUCGAUGAUAAAUGCUUACGACGAAGUACACAAUGAAUAUCAUCCUGCACCACCGCCAUCGCCUAAUUUUGGUUCCACUGGAAGUAUGAAUUUAUUGAAGAGAAGGAUAAGAACGAAGGAGAUGGAACGAAAAUAUUUGGAACGAAGGAAAUUUUUGCAAUCUAGAGCCGUCAUGGAUUUGCAUACGACUGAUCCAGGAAGUGAUCUAUGUUAUAUGACAGAUUGGAUCGACGAUGAUCGAUCGAAGACAAGAGGUAUCUCAGCAAGGAUUCAUAGACAUAAAGAAGGAGAAAAUAUUCUUGAUUUACGAGGAGGAUACGAAGGGAAAACAAAAAAAGACGAACGUACAGUAGAAUGUUCUUUACUUCCUGCCAUAAUUAGACCACGUAGUUUAUCAUUGGGUGAACAUUUAUUGCCCGACGAGGAUAAUCGAAAAAUUGAACAACGAGUACGUUGUCAUCGUUUGUCCAGAAUAUUGAAGCAUCCUUGUACAGCAUCCGUCGAAAGAAAGGUCUCAUCUUUCAGACAACAAUUUUGGAUGGGAAUACCAAUUCGUAAUACGGAAAAUGGCAUAACUGUUAUUAAUAAUGAUUUCGGAAAAGUACCAUUAAGUUGGGGAAUAUCUAGUCUCGCUUUAACAAGUUGUAAUAAAAAUAAUGAAAUAUUGUUAAGGACCUGCACAGAAAAAUUACGAACGCUCGAUUAUUUCGAAAGAACGACGGAAUUGAGAAAGACAAAAAAGAAAUCACGAAGGAAACAGAAUAUCAUUGUUAAUGAACAGAUUAGAUCGAGAGAUAAGGAGGAUGUUCCAGAUGAUAUACGAGAUGAUAAGAAGGUCAAAGUUACGAAGAAGAAACGAUCCCGAUUGAAAUGGGAAAUGGCGGUGAAUUUGAGUUCUAACAUAAAGGACAAUAACAAUGGUACAAAUAAUAAAAAUUCAUUUCUAUCUGUUAAAGCGGAUUCUUUAAAAUUAUUUAGAACUACUACAUCGGCGAAGAAAGAACGAAGAGAAGAAAAAUUAAAUACACGCGUUAAAAAUAAUAAAAAUGAUAUCGUCGUAGCUACUGAGAGAAUAAUUGCUAGAAACAAAAUUAACAAAAUUCGUACUAUACAACAAUUGAAAUCAUUAACAGCGCCUGUAUCGGAUAGCUCGAAUUCGGAGGACAGUUUGAACAAUCCAAAUAAAUUGAAGAAUGGAAAGAGAAAGCAGAAAAAAAAGAAACAAUUAAAAAAAACGAGAAUAUCUAAUGGCACUACAGGAAAUAAUAAUAAAAAACGCGUUGCUAGUGCAAAAACAACGAAAUAAUCCAUUUCAUUGAGUGAAGAAAAUUAAACUGCUCUGAUUAUUAUUCUCAAAAUAUUCCGUUGAUUGCAUAAUAACGUGAUACCCAGCUAUACCUCUCUACAAGUAUAUAAGUAUAUAUGUAUGCGUAACAUGACGAAGUCGAAAAAGCAAAAAAUUAUUUAUUAUGUGCUAUUCAUUUUAUCGCAUUAAUAAGCCUUUCAAUGAAUUAAAUUAACAAUUAUUCCAUAAAUACACCAAACAUAUAAAAGUAUCGAUCAACUUAUGUUUUAUAUUGAUUAAUACAUAUAAUGAAAUUUAUAUGAUUUUGUAAAUUCAACUUCUAAUACAACUCACGUAAAAUAAAUCAUUAUAGCUUAAUGGUAUGACUCGAUAAGAAGAUAAUGGCUUGCA